UAUAGAAAUUUAGCUUAAUCGAAAUGUCAUCGUACAGUUAUUGUAAAACCUUUGGCAAAGAUAAGGUAAUCUUUGCUACCAAGGAAGAUCAUGCAGAACCUUCGACUAUACAAUUACCACCUCCAGAACCGGCUCAGGGUUUAAUUACGAACGAUGGUGAAAUCAAUUGGAGUUGUCCAUGUUUGGGUGGCAUGGCCACUGGACCAUGUGGCGUUGAAUUCCGUGACGCAUUUUCAUGCUUCCAUUAUAGCGAAGCCGAUCCCAAGGGAUCUGACUGUUAUGAUGCUUUUCGCACAAUGCAGGAUUGUUUUACACAGUAUCCCACACUUUAUAGUACCGGCGGUGCAGAUGACGGUGAUGAAGGUGGCUUAGAUAUGGGGGCAAUAGGAGAGGUUCAGAAAGAACAAGAGAAAGUCGCUGGUGUACCUGAGGUUUCUGGUGCACCCAAGGCCCCCGCCGUCGCUGAAGCUCCGGGAGGAACCGAUGUCAUUCCCAGAAAUCCAGCAGUAGUUUGAAAGAAAACUAAUAUUUUGGCUUUUAUAUCUUUCUUUUUUGUUUAAUUUAAAUAAAUGAAAUUUUCAAUUA